UGAGAGAGACAGGCAGCUUCCGGCCCAGGACGAGGACGGAGGUGGCCUUGUCCCCGAGAGGUCGGAGCAGGAGAUGCUCCUCAGCCUGAAGCCCUCGGAGGCCCCUGAACUGGAUGAGGACGAGGGCUUUGGCAACUGGUCCCAGAGGCCAGAGCAGUGGCAGCAGCACGAGGGGGUACAGGGCACCUCGGACAGCGGAGAGCCCCCCCAGUGCAGGACUCCUGAGGGGGAGCAAGAGGACAGGCCCAGCCUGCAUGCCUGCGAAAAGGAGGACAGUGACGAAGUCCACCUGGAGGAGUUGAGUCUGAGCAAGGAGGGGCCAGACCCAGAGGACACUGUCCAGGACAACCUGGGGGCCGCAGGGGCUGAGGAGGAACAGGAGGAGCACCAGAAAUAUCAGCAGCCCAGGACACCCAGCCCCUUGGUCUUGGAGGGGACCAUCGAACACAGCUCGCUUCCCCUGAGCCCUCCCAUCAAACUCAUCGACAGGACCGAGUUCCUAAACCGCUCCAUAGAGAAGAGUAACAGUGUGAAGAAAUCCCAGCCAGACUUGCCCAUCUCCAAGAUUGACCACUGGCUGGAACAAUACAUCCAGGCCAUCAAGACCGCUGGCUGGACCCCCAAGCUAGCCCACCAGGCCUCCAUAGAGCUGCCCAGCAUGGCCGUGGCCAGUACCAAGAGUCGGUGGGAGACCGGUGAGGUACAGGCUCAGUCUGCGGCCAAGACUCCGUCCUGCAAGGAUAUUGUGGCUGGAGACAUGACCAAGAAAAGCCUCUGGGAGCAGAAGGGAGGCUCCAAGACCUCAUCAACAAUUAAGAUGGAGUCAUGCUCUGUGGCCCAGGCUGGAGUGCAAUGGCAUGAUCUCAGCUUACUGCAACCUCCGCCUCCUAAGUUCAAGCAAUUCUCCUGCCUCAGCCUCCCAAGUAGCUGGGAUUACAGGCGCCUGCCAACAUGCCUGGCUAAUUUUUGUAUUUUUAGUAGAGACGGGGUUUCCUCAUGUUGACCAGGCUGAUCUCAAAUUCUGAUCUCAGGUGAUCCACCCACCUUGGCCUCUCAAAGUGCUGGGGAUACAGGCGGGAGCCACCGCGCCCAGCGAGAAAAUUUUUUAAAGUGUCCAUUUGAAUACUUUCAUUAGCUUUGAACUGUGCUUCAAAGAUGUCAGUUUUACUUUGUGAAUAAACUGAAAUAUCCUAUUUUGUAACAUUUUGAACACAACAAUCCAAUUCCUUCAACAACCAUCAUAGAAAAAUCAGUUAAAAGCAAAAUGUCAAAAUAAUGAUUUUAUUUAAUUUGGUCAAUAACAAAAUGUCACUCUUUAUAAAUGCAAAUUGUUCUGACAAAUGUCAGAGAUGGUCUUUGAGUAGUUUCCUAGAGGUGGUUACAUAUGACAAACAUUUGUGAGUCAAUAAGAUGAAUUUAGUAGUUCAAACCCUAGUUGCUAAAGGGGUAAAUUAAUUUUCUUAAAAGAAGUCAACUGUAUUGGCUAGUGCAUGUACAAGACAUUUUUCAGUUUUAUAUUCAAUCAUGUCUAAUAAUAAAUACUCAUUGAAUAAAUGAAAGAACUGGCCAGGCUCGGAGGCUCAUGCCUGUAAUCUUAGCGUUUUGGGAUACCAAGGUGAGAGGACCCUUUGGGGCCAGGCGUCUGAGACCAGCCUGGAUGACAGGGCGAGACCCCUAUCUCUUAAAAAAAAAUCUGAUACAGGGGUCUCACUCUGUCACCCAGGCUGGAGUGCAGUGGUAUGAUCUCAGCUCACUGCAACAUAUGCCUCCCAGGUUCAGGCAAAUUCUCCUGUCUCAGCCUCCCAAGUAGCUGAGAUUACAGGCACCUGCCACCAUGCCUGGCUCAUUUUUGUAUUUUUAGUUGAGAUGGGGUUUUGCCACGUUGGCCAGGCUGGUCUCAAACUCCUGACCUCAAGCGAUCCGCCCGCCUUGGCCUCCCAAAGUGUUGGAAUUACAGGCGUGAGCCAUCAUGCCCGGCCUCUACAAAACUGUUUUUAACAAUUAACCAAGCACGGUGGUGCAUGCCUCUAGUCCUAGCUCCCUAGAAGGCUUCAGGCAGGAGGAUCUCUUGAGCCCAGGAGUCUGAGGCUACAGUGAGCUAUGACUGCACCACUGCACUCCAACCUAGGCAACAGAGAAAGACCGUGUCUUUAAAAAAAUUUAAAAAUAGUUACUUGCUUUUAAAAACAGUAGUGACAAACUCUUAGAAUCCUCAAAGAACAAAAUAGAGCAUAAAUUAAGACAUUAUCAAACCACCAUACAAUACAGUAUCAAAAAUAAACAUAGGUUUUACCCAAAAUACCAUAUAUCAUCCGAGAAGUUCAAACAACUCUAAACAUUUUCUAAUGAAGAAUGGUUGUUUAAGUUAGAACAGCAAUUUUCAGGUCAAAAAUAUCAGUUGAAUGACUCAUGUGAGACUAUGACGGUAGGUCCUCAGCCAAGUGUUUUUUGUUUGAUUUGUUCUCAUUUCUAACAUUUCCAGAUAACUUUGUUCAGGUGUAAAAGACUAAGAUUCCUAGGAUAGACCAUAUACAUUAUAUAAGCUAAUUCUAACUACUGCUCUACAAAUGGCCAAGUAAAACCUGAAAACAAAGAAGGUAACAACUCCUUCCUUACAUACCAGUGGACAGCCAGGACACUCCAGGACUGAAGAGGGAGAGCAAUAAUAAGCAUCACUGUUACCUGAUUGUUCCUAAGGAGCCUUAGAACUUAAGACUAUAGGUCACAUUUCCACCUGGCAACUAAACCUUCCUAGCCCUAAUCAGCUUUUACCAACAAACAAAACAAAACAAAACCCUGUGCCUUUUAAGUGUGACACUGCCUUCUGAUUUUUUUUUAAGACAGAAUCUCACCCUGUCACCCAGACUGGAGUGCAGUGGUGUGAUGUCAGCUCACCGCAACCUCCGCCUCCUGGGUUCAAGUGAUUCUCCUGCCUCAGCCUCCCAAGUAGCUGGGACUACAGGCACACGCCACCAUGUGCAGCUAAUUUUUGUAUUUUUAUUUGAGACAGGGUUUCGCCAUGUUGGCCAGGCUGGUCUUGAAUUUCUGGCCUCAAGUGAUCUGCCUACCUCAGCCUCCCAAACUGCUGGGAUUACAGGCGUGAGCAACUAAACUGCACCCGGCCCUGCCUUCUGAAUUAUUAAAAUAAAAAUAAAGUAACAAAAUUAUAGAGCACGCACAGCAUAUGAAAGUUCUUUCUGAAAGUGGACUGAAGACCAAGAAGUAUCAGUUAUAGACAAUUAAAUAUACAAUCUAUCUCUUAAAUGUUUUUUCUAUUUCCAAAAAACCUGCACUGAGGGGGAAGGCUUAGGACCACUGCUGCAGAUAGUAAGUUAAACAAACAUUCAAUGCUUGAGUUUUAAAGUUCCUAUGUUUUUUAUCAAGGACAUCUUCUGUGGCUUAUAUAAUGCUUUUGUACAUCUGUCAUUUAGUAAAUAGUAUAUAUCCUGCCUCUAUUAUUAGAAUUCUGCAUAAUUCAUGUAUGGCCUGAGAUGAAAUCUGAUAAACUUUUUGAAUUAUGAGAAUAAGAGAAAAACUAACUUUUCUCCU